AAAAGUUAACUUUCAUGUAUCUAUGUUUCUUUAUAUUGUGUGAACUUUCUGGGCCUUUUGUUGCUGGUUUUUGCCCUGUUAGAUUUAAAUCUUCUACUGUAAAAGAAUGUAUCCAUGCAAUACUGAAGGAGAAGUUAACCAAUGUACAGUACAUCCCAGAAGAAAUGCCUCAACUUACCAAAUCCUUAUCAGAGAUGAUCAAAGAUCGACUGAAAGAUGAGGGAUUUGACAGAUACAAAAUGGUUGUGCAGGUUGUGAUUGGAGAACAGAGAGGAGAAGGAGUAAACAUGGCUGCACGAUGUUUCUGGGAUGCUGACACUGACAGCUAUGCUCAUGAUGUUUUUAUGAAUGAUAGCCUGUUCUGUGUGGUAGCUGCGUUUGGCUGUUUCUACUAUUGAAGAUGGUAAAGGUUGCACAAAAGGACUGGGGAGAGGAGGGGACAUUUUAGGGUAUUUUUUUGUUAACGUACUGUAAAGCACCAUGUCCUUCCUUUAGAGUAACAAAGUACAGCUCUGCAAAGCACAUCCUACACCUGUUACACUACGACAUCCCUUAUUCCUUGUUGAUAUCAAUAUAGCUUUAAACACAUUAUUAUUAUGUCCUUUAUUUAAAUCACCCUUCGUUUUAUAUGAAGUGGAUUGGCUUUGUUCUAAAAAAGCAUAUUGCUAAGAGCCAGUGUUUCCAAGAUAAAUCCAGCUUUUGUCUUGAAAGGGUUCCGUUGUUUUUUUGUUAAUUUUCUGAGGUGAAUGAAAUAUUUAUAAUAAAUGUAACAUAAUAAAUGUAUAUAUUUAC